AUCCCUGCAACCAUGGAGACGGCUUGCGGUUGCCCGGAUACCGAGCGCGCGCCUUUCGCGCCGCACGCAGCCCUCGAGUCACGCAGUCUCGUUAUGGCGGCCGCCGUCCUCAGCAGCGUGAGCAGACGUGUCGUGCCACCUCUGGUGGUCAUUUUGGGUGCCACCGGCACGGGCAAGUCGAAGCUGGCCAUCGAGAUCGGGAAGCGCCGCGGAGGCGAGAUCAUUAGCGCCGAUUCCAUGCAGGUCUACCGAGGGCUGGACAUCAUCACCAACAAGGUGACCGUAGAGGAACAGGCCCAGUGCCCCCAUCACAUGAUCAGCUUUGUGGACCCUCUGGAGAACUACACGGUGCUGGACUACCGGAACAAGGCCUUAUCCCUCAUUGAUGACAUGCAUCAGCGGAACCAGCUGCCCAUCGUCGUUGGAGGAACCAACUACUACAUCGAGUCCCUGCUGUGGAAGGUGCUCGUAGACACCGGUAACGGAGAACAGACCUCUAUUGCUCUACAAGACAAGACAGAGCUGGAGAAACUGGGAAGGGCUGAGCUGCACCGGCGCCUCACAGAAGUGGACCCUGACAUGGCAGCCAUGUUGCACCCUCACGAUGUGCGCAAGAUAGCCAGGAGCCUGCAGAUCCACCAGAUGACUGGUGUCCCCCACAGCCGACUUUUAGCAGAGCAACGAGGGCAGGAUGGGGCCGACGAGAUCGGGGGCCCUUUACGUUUCCGUGAUCCCUGUAUCUUCUGGUUGCACUCAAAUAUGGAAGUUCUAGACCAAAGGCUGGACAAGCGCGUGGAUGAAAUGAUGGCGGCCGGAGUGCUUGAUGAGCUGAAGGAAUUCCACAGGCGCUACAAUGAGCACAAGGUUGAAGAGAGCAGUCAGGACUACCAGAAAGGCAUCUUUCAGUCCAUUGGCUUCAAGGAGUUCCACCAGUACCUGACAGCGGGGCCAGAUGUCGGUGAGGAGCAGCGCGAGGCACUACUGAGACAAGGUGUGGAGGCUCUGAAACAGGCCACCAAACGUUAUGCCCGAACGCAGAACAAGUGGGUCCGCAGGCGAUUCCUCAGCAGACCAGGGUCCAGUGUCCCGCCAGUGUUUGGAUUGGAUGUGACAGAUGUAUCGUGUUGGGAGAAGACAGUUCUGACCCCUGCCUUGCAGGUCCUGGAAAGCUUGAAGAAGGGUGAGAAGCCAUCACUGGAGCCUAUCAGGGUGGAGGGAAUAAAGCCGCGAAACAAGCGCAGCAGACACACUUGCGAACUCUGUGACAAGAUCAUCAUCGGCGACCUGGAGUGGAAAGCACACCUGAAGUCCAAAAACCACCAGUUCCACCUGCGAAAGAAGAGGAAGUCUGAAAUGCGUGCAGAAUGCGAUCAGGUGUUGGGCGUCACUCUGGCUGCCGGAUCCAGUGCUGACAUGCAGGGGACUGAGAGCACUGUUGGUUCUACUGACUGCACCCUGGCAGCUGACUGUGGUGCCAACAUGCUGGGAUGCCAAGCUCCGGAAGAUAGUCUUGUCACUGCAUCUUGAAGCAUUGUUUCCACUGCCCAGCUCCUGAGCCAGGGAAUACCGCAUUUCGUCAUGUGAGGGACAUAUCAUUCAAAUGAGCUCACGGACUUUCAUUCAGUUUGUUUUGGGACCGGGUAGCUAAACAAAAAGUCCUUGGCGCUGCUACAGUUUGCCAGGGAUUGUUUUUUAAAACCAUAAAACCUCUGUUUCCUGAAUUCCUUUUUUGUGCUGUCAGCAUUUCUUAGCAUUGUUUGUAUUUUUUAAGACUGUCUUCCUGCGUUGAGGCUCGGGGGUGCCUCCUACCCCUUUUUCCCAGAGAACUCCUGUUUGACCCUUGUACAUUUUUGUGCCUUAGGACAGCGUGUUGGAGUGUGAGUGCCUCAGUGCCACACAAACUAAGCCUGGGCCUGAUCUCGGUUUGGCUUGAGAUGCACGUCUGACGUUGUUUGACAGCUGCGUUUGCACAGAAGUAACUUUUCUUACAGGCCUUCAGCUCUGGAGCAGAUGUCAGUGUGUUGCUGGUAUUUGCAAAGACACAGAUGGCUUUCCUUGCAAUACGCUGCUCUGUACUGACGUAUAAGAUACUGUUUUAUGCUGUGACUGAUGCAUUCUCUCGCUCGAGAAUAAUUUCGUGACUGAUGUUUGCAGAUGCUCUUAAUUAAAGAAUUUG